AUGGCUCUGUAUGCUUUUUAUGCAGUUUGGGGUUUGUUACUGGAAGUGGCAGUAGCAUUUGGCCCAGUACCGAGGAUCACUUGGGAACACAGAGAGGUCCAGCUAAUACAUUUUCAUGAAUCAGAAGUGUCAAACUAUUCAACCUUGCUGUUAAGUGAAGACAAAGAUGUUCUAUAUGUAGGAGCCAGAGAAGUGAUCUUUGCAUUAAAUGCAGUGAAUAUUGAUGAAAAGCAGCAUGAGUUACACUGGAAGGUCACCGAGGAUAAAAGGACUAAAUGUGCAGUCAAGGGCAAAUCAGAACAGACAGAGUGUCGUAAUUAUGUGCGUGUCUUGCAACAGCUGAACGAUACUUUUCUCUAUGUUUGUGGAACUAACGCGUUUCAGCCAACAUGUGAUUACCUGAAUUUAAUUUCAUUUGAACUUGGAGGUAAAAAUGAAGAUGGUAAGGGCAGAUGUCCAUUUGAUCCUGCUCAAAGCUACACAUCUGUUAUGGUUGAUGAGGAGCUUUAUUCUGGGACUUCUUACAAUUUCUUGGGAAGCGAACCUAUCAUUUCACGGCACUCUCAUCAGAGCCCUCUGAGAACAGAGUAUGCAAUACCUUGGCUUAAUGAGCCCAAUUUUGUUUUUGCUGAUGUGAUAAGAGCGGAUCAAAACAGCACAGAUGGAGACGAUGACAAGAUAUACUUCUUUUUCACUGAGGUGUCUGUGGAGUAUGAAUUUGUUGGAAAACUGAUGAUUCCAAGAAUAGCUAGAGUGUGCAAGAGGGACCAAGGAGGAUUAAGGACCUUGCAGAAAAAAUGGACUUCCUUUCUCAAGGCCAGAUUGAUUUGUACCAUCCCUGAUAAGAAUUUAAUUUUCAAUAUUAUCAAUGAUGUUUUUAUUCUCAAGUCUCCGACUUUGAAGGAGCCAGUGAUAUAUGGAGUCUUCACCCCACAACUGAAUAACGUGGGGCUGUCAGCAGUGUGUGCAUACAAUUUGUCUACUGUAGAAGAGGUUUUCUCAAAAGGAAAAUAUAUGCAGAGUGCUACAGUAGAACAGUCUCAUACAAAGUGGGUACGAUACAAUGGGGAAAUUCCUAGUCCUCGACCUGGUGCAUGUAUAAACAAGGAAGCCAGAGCAUCAAACUACAUGAGUUCUCUGAAUUUACCAGACAAAACAUUGCAGUUUGUUAAAGAUCAUCCUCUAAUGGAUGACUCAGUGACUCCAAUGGGAGACAGACCUCGACUAGUAAAACGAGAUGUGAAGUAUACCCAGAUUGUGGUAGAUAGAGUCAGAGCACUCAAUGGCACCAUAUAUGAUGUUAUGUUCAUCAGCACAGAUCGAGGAGCCCUGCACAAAGCUAUCAGCUAUGAAAAUGGAAUGCAUAUUAUUGAAGAGACACAACUUUUUCCAAACUUUGAGCCAGUCCAAACUCUCUUGCUUUCCUCCAAAAAAGGCAGAAGAUACCUCUAUGCUGGUUCAAAUUCUGGCGUGGUUCAGUCUCCGGUGGCAUUCUGUGACAAGUACACUACUUGUGUUGACUGUGUUUUAGCAAGGGAUCCUUAUUGUGCUUGGAAACCCCUCGAAGCUUCCUGCAUUGAUGUUUUCAAAGAAAGUGAAAUUGAAAGGAACUGGAUUCAGAACAUAGGUGGAGAUGCAUCUUCUUGUUCUGAUAAAGUAAGAGAGAAUUCCCUACAGCAUACAUUCAAGCAUGGGAGCACAGCAGAACUCAAGUGUUCUCAAAAAUCCAAUCUGGCACAGGUAGUUUGGAAGUUCAAAGACGAUGUACUGAGAGUGGAGAGUCCCAAGUACCGUCUGCUGGAAAAGGCGCUGCUUAUCUUCAAUUUAUCAGAAGGAGACAGUGGUGUUUACCAGUGUUUGUCAGAAGAAAAAGUGAAGAAUAAGAAAUUUUCUCAAGUGCUGGCUAAGCAUGUUUUGGAACUGAAAAAGAUCCAGCAUACCACGGUGGGUCCCACCGCAGCAGCUGCACCAACAGAAGGUAAUAGCGAUGUGCCAAAAGUGUCAGCUGUAUCAACCGAGGGGUCUACUGCUCACACCUCGACCACUCACAUGCUACCCGUAACAACAGCGAGGAUAGUAACAAAGCCCAUUGGCCCUGUCCUAACAAGCGCAGCCUCCAACACAGAGCUCUUCAAUUCAAUUCCUGAUGUGGUCCCAGAAAAGACAAUGUUCCUCAAGUCAAAUGAUAACUUCCUGUUGAUGUUCCUUUUCCUCUUCUUUUUUAUUCUCUUCUUGUGCCUGCUCUCCUACAACUGUUACAAAGGGUACUUGCCAGGGCAGUGCUUGAAAUUUCGCUCUGUCAUGCUGCUUGGUAAGAAGAAAACGAAGUCAGAUUUUUCCGAUUGUGAGCAAAGUGUGAAGGAGACGCUGGUGGAGCAAGGCAGUGUCAGCCACCAGCCUGGGGACCAGCCGAAGCCGGCGCAUGACACCGGCUACGAGACUGAGCCUGACUGCGGGAAUGGCCAGCUGCAGCCUGGGGAUUUGCAGGCAUCCCGAGAGGCCAAGGACAAGCCUUUCGAUGUCAAGUGUGAGCUCAAGUACGCCGACUCGGAUGUGGAGGGGGACUGA